AUGUUACGUGAACGGGGUGAGGGAGCCUUUCUGGUUCGUGCCUCGAAGCGUUCUCAAGACGCAGCAACGUUGUGUAUGUUAUUUGACAACCACGUGCUUAACUACAAAUUAUACUACGAUGGAAUGCAUUAUGUCGGUGAGAAAAGGUUCGAAACAUUAGAAGAGCUAGUAGCUGAUGGUUUGAUAACGAUGCAUAUGGAGAAGCAUGCGAAUGAUUAUAUCCAACGAAUGGCUGAUGAAGCAAUCUACGAGUACAGUCCGUAUUCACAGUACCAAAAAGCAAACGACUCUUCGAAACGGAUUCAACCGAUCGCCAGAUGUCAUAACUUCGUUUCGGCGACAUUUCGAAUUCCGCAUUAUUGCGAUUAUUGUCGGAAUUUUAUGUGGGGUCUUGUUCAGCAGAGUGAUAAAGUGAUAUUGACCAAGGGAGUGAAAUGCGAGGAUUGUGGCUUUAGUGCACACAAGAAGUGUAGUGAACGAGCUCUGAACGAUUGCCAUCCAGAGGCGAAGUAUGUGAAGAGAAUGUUUGCCGUGGAUAUCAGUACGUUGUGCAUGGCACAUGCAGUCUCCAUACCACCGGUUGUGUCGUUGUGUAUCAACGAGGUGGAGGCUCGGGGCAUUCAGGUGGAGGGCAUCUAUCGGGUAUCAGGAUCACACGAACAGAUGGAGAAGUUGCGACGACUAUUUGACACGCAGCAUCGAGUUGAUUUGUCGAUGGUGGAAGAUAUUCAUACGGUUGCGGGUUUAUUAAAGCUUUACUUACGUUUGUUACCCCAACAGCUUAUACCCUUCUCGGUGUAUCGUUCUUUGCUGAAUGCGUUCACUUCGAACCGAAAUACACACGACCGUAUGAAGGCGUGCAGGAAAGCGCUAAAGGAACUGAAUGAAUCAAACGGACGUACUCUAAUAGCUCUGUUGAAACAUAUGCAAAGAAUAGCCUCUCAGAGUGAUGUAAAUAAGAUGAGUAUCGAGAAUCUUGCGACCAUAUUCUCACCGACUCUGUUUUGUAGCGGAACUGUGCCUGCCUUACCGCAGCAACAACACCAUUUAUUACAUUUUUUAAUAUUAAACCCUAAUAUCGUUCCUUUCGCGCCUCCCUCAGUGCAAUAA